CCUGCCUGAUGGGCAGCAUUUCAUCUUGCCUAUACCGAGCCUGUUUUUGCAGUAGAUGCCAUCAUCGAUGUAUCUGACUUACUGUUAUCUUACCCAGAUUUGCUCACACUCUUCACAACCAUGAGCUGAUGAGUGAUGAGACUAGACUACUAGAGUCUAGAGACCAAUGUUGGUUGCCAAUUGCGAGGGUUACCAGCCAUCCAGGACAGAUUCUGCCAUUUAUGUCUCUGGAAUUCCCUGCCUAACAUUGCUAAACCUGCAGCCAGAAGCCCAGAACCAAAACUUGAGUGCCACAAGUGCCAAGGUUUGCUUUGAUGUCCUGCACGAACGCCACACAUUUGUACGGCCCAGAAUGCAUCUGCAUUUGAUUGCAAUCUCUGCCUAAUCAAGCUGCCCCGUGAGUUAUACGACUGUUGCUGGUUUGAAGUUGCAUUCAAUGCUGCCGUAUAAAUGCACUCACUGAUCAAGCUAGUAGCAGAAAACAUUGGCGAGACUUGUGUAGAGUUCAGAUAAGCGGACAGAAUCUUCUUCUGAUUCUGAUAAGACAAGCAGAAAGUUCGAAGCUUGGUUUGGUCUCACGGUGAACUCAAUGUCGUUGCCUAAGCCGCAUUGCAAAGUGUGCCCUCGUUUCCCGAGGUUGAUGGAAGCUGACGAAUCCGGUGUACCGCCGCGGCCGGUCGCCGGAGAUGUUCACAUCCCGGCGAGCCGCUCUGCCAAGGAGCCAAUCUUCAUGGAGCGGCACGGCGGCGACCUGCUCACCGCCAUGGCGUCCUCCCCGGACACCACGCUGGCGUUCCACGCGGCUCGCCCGGUGUCCAUCAGCCUGCCGGCGUCGCCGACCGGGUUCGACGUCGCCAGGUCCGGGGUGGAGCUCCAGCGUCACGCCAUGACGGACGCCCCGUGCAUGCUGCCGCUGCCCGGGUGGCCGGCGAUGAUGGCCGUCGCGCAGCCCGACAGGAUGAUCUUCCGCUCACAGCCGAUCGCCGUCCUCGGCGGCGCGGCCGCUCUGCCCCAGCAGAGCAGAAGCUCCCAGGUGCACGACGGCACGAGCCGCGAUGGCGCGCCGCGCGCGGCGGCGGCGGCGGCGACGACGACGGGCAAGGCGCGCGGGCGCAGGGACACGAGCUACGACUCGUUCAAGACGUGGUCAGGGAAGCUGGAGAAGCAGAUCACCACCCACCUGAGAGGCGGCCGGCAACAGCAGCAGCAGCAACAGCCAGAGCAGCGGCGGCAGGAUGAGGAACCCGAGGACGACGACGCGGCGGCGGCGGCGGCGGCGGCGGCGACGACGGCGAGCAGCAGCCGGUCGUACUCGUCGAUGCCGAGAGUACAGCGCUUCUUCGCGGCGCUGGAAGGCCCCGAGCUUGACAAACUACGGGUACACCAUGAGCAACCCUCUCCCUGUCGUCUCGCAUUGGUCGAACAGUUGGCAUGCACCCUAGUACGUAGUCGCUCACAACGCGCCGCCGUGGUGGUGGUGUUGGUGUCGUGUCGUCGGCAGUCGUCGGAGGCGCUGGUCCUGCCGUCGGACAAGACGUGGCCGUUCCUGCUCCGGUUCCCGGUGUCGGCGUUCGGCAUGUGCAUGGGCAUGAGCAGCCAGGCGAUCCUGUGGAAGAACAUCGCCAUCUCGACGUCGACGAGGUUCCUGCACAUCACCGUCAAGAUCAACCUCGUGCUCUGGUGCGUCUCCGUGGCGCUCAUGUGCGCCGUGUCGGCGCUGUACGCGUGCAAGGUCGCCUUCUACUUCGAGGCCGUCCGGCGGGAGUACUACCACCCGGUGCGCGUCAACUUCUUCUUCGCGCCGUGGAUCGCCUGCCUCUUCCUCGCCAUCGGCGUGCCGCCGAUGGUGGCGGCGAGCCUCCCGCACUGGCUGUGGUACCUGCUCAUGGCGCCGAUCGUGUGCCUGGAGCUCAAGAUCUACGGGCAGUGGAUCUCCGGUGGCCAGCGGCGGCUGUCGAGGGUGGCGAACCCGUCCAACCACCUGUCCAUCGUCGGCAACUUCGUCGGCGCGCUGCUCGGCGCUACCAUGGGCCUCCGCGAGGGCCCCAUCUUCUUCUUCGCCGUCGGGCUCGCCCACUACAUCGUGCUGUUCGUCACGCUGUACCAGCGGCUCCCCACCAGCGAGACGCUCCCGCGCGACCUCCACCCCGUCUUCUUCCUCUUCGUCGCCGCCCCCAGCGUCGCCUGCCUCGCCUGGGCCAGGAUCACCGGCGAGUUCGGCUACGGCUCCCGCGUCGCCUACUUCAUCGCCAUGUUCCUCUACGCCUCGCUGGUACGCUACGCGGUGAGGAUCAACCUGUUCAGGGGGUUCAGGUUCUCGCUGGCGUGGUGGGCGUACACGUUCCCGAUGACGAGCGCGGCGAUCGCGUCGAUCCGGUACUCGUCGGAGGUGAAGAACGCGUUCACGCAGUCGCUCUGCAUCGCGCUGUCCGUGCUGGCGACGCUCACGGUCACGGCGCUGUUCCUCACCACGCUGCUGCACGCCGCCGUCCACCGCGACCUCUUCCCCAACGACAUCUCCAUCGCCAUCACCGAGCGCAAGCUCAAGCCCAUCGCCGAGAUCCACGAGCAGCAGCAGCAGCAGCGCGACAAGAACGCCACCACCGCCGCCGACAUCCACCCCGACUCAGCCUGCAUUAAGGACCUCGAAGCCGGCGUGCCGCCGCCGCCGUCGUACGCCGGCGAUCGAUCGACGACGACGACGUCGACGGACCCGUGCCCGCUCGGCGCCGGGCAGUUCUGACCGUGCGAUCGAUCGAUGGUUCUUCAGACAGCGACGUGGACGUGCAUGUCAGUGUAAUUAAUUAGCUUAAUUAAUUUGCUGUAGCUACUCGUAUCGUAUGCGUACGUGGCGAUGUAGAUAGGAGAUUGAGUCGUUGACGACUUGGGAUAAGGCUAAGCUAGCGCCAGUAAUAAGUCCAUCUGUCUCAGCCUCUCAGAAGCAUAUGCACCAUGCAGUGUACAAUGGUUCGAUAUUGUGGUCAUCCCCGGUAGAUCGUGGCGUACUGGCGUGAGUAUGAUGAAGUACUACCAACGUCUCCCAUUGUUGUAGACUUGUAGUACAGUACACUUGCGACUUUGCCAAAAAGACAGGCCGACUCAUCCAGCUCGGCCCAAUACCAAAGGACGGUUGGGUGGAAUAAGUUCACUUUAGGUCUCUCAAUUUAUAAAACUGGAUCACAAGAAGGAAAAGGUCCAUUUCGCA